ACAUCUAGUAAACAUGGCCGAGGUACGCGUCACCCAGGCCAAAUCAUCACGUUGACGAGAAAAACGAAACUAAUGACCCAGACCCCAGCACCCCCCGGGUGGUCCUGCAAUGAACGCGACCUCGACACAGAAGACUACUGGUCCGCAAAUGGCGACGGGCAGGCCAUGGUGCAAGAGUACGGACUGGGCAAGGCAGUGCCCAUCAUGUGCAGGACGGGAGGGGAUGUGCUCAUCCUCAUUGAAGCCGGUUCGAAGCUGUAUCUGUGGAAUCCGAUUGAUCAGUGCCUGUGGGAGAUUACGCAAAAGGGGAGUCGGGAGAAGAUCGUCGGCAUGAUAGGUGAACCGGAUGGGAUCAUCAAUCUUGAGAAGGAAUUAGCGAAGCCGAAGUAGUGGGGAUGGUUUGUGUGAUGUGUGCAGUGAAGAAUGCAUGUUGGAUGGAGGUGUUGGCGGUGCAGGGCGUAAUUUACAGUGUGGUAUUGAAAAUUCCACGUUUUGUAUUGAGUGUCAUUUUGAUACAGUAUAACAAAUCGCAUCCCCGCGAUUCAACUACUGUCAAUAUCAACUGCCGCAGCUUCAUAACGAUGAACUCAGAACCUGGUA